ACAAAACUGCAGCAAGCAGUCAACGCAAGAGACAGUCAACACAAGAGACGGUCAACACGUGAAACAGUCAACACAAGAGACAGUCAACACGUGAAACAGUCAACACAAGAGACAGUCAACACAAGAGACGGUCAACACAAGAGACGGUCAACACAAGAGACAGUCAACAUUCAACACAAGAGACAGUCAACACGUGAAACAGUCAACACAAGAGACGGUCAACACAAGAGACAGUCAACACGUGAAACAGUCAACACAAGAGACGGUCAACACAAGAGACAGUCAACACGUGAAACAGUCAACACAACAGACAGUCAUACAAGAGGCAGUCAACACGUGAAACAGUCAACACAAGACAGUCAAUACAAGAGACAGUCACACGUGAAACAGUCAACACAAGAGACAGUCAAUACAAGAGACAGUCAACAAGUGAAACAGUCAACACAAGAGACAGUCAAUACAAGAGGCAGUCAACACGUGAAACAGUCGACACAAGAGACAGUCAAUACAAGAGACAGUCAACACGUGAAACAGUCAACACAAGAGACAGUCAAUACAAGAGACAGUCAACACGUGAAACAGUCAACACAAGAGACAGUCAAUACAAGAGACAGUCAACACGUGAAACAGUCAACACAAGAGACAGUCAAUACAAGAGACAGUCAACACAUGAAUCAGUCAACACAAGAGACAGUCAAUACAAGAGGCAGUCAACACGUGAAACAGUCGACACAAGAGACAGUCAAUACAAGAGACAGUCAACACGUGAAACAGUCAACACAAGAGACAGUCAACACAAGAGACAGUCAACACGUGAAACAGUCAACACAAGAGACAGUCAACACAAGAGACAGUCAACACGUGAAACAGUCAACACAAGAGACAGUCAAUACAAGAGACAGUCAACACGUGAAACAGUCAACACAAGAGACAGUCAAUACAAGAGACAGUCAACACAUGAAUCAGUCAAUACAAGAGACAGUCAAUACAAGAGACAGUCAACACGUUGAAUCAAGACAGUCAACGCAAGAGACGGUCAACGCAAGAGACGGUCAACGCAAGAGACAGUCAACACCCGAGACGGUCAACACAAGAGACGGUCAACACAAGAGACGGUCAACACAAGAGACGGUCAACGCAAGAGACGGUCAACACAAGAGACGGUCAACGCAAGAGACGGUCAACGCAAGAGACGGUCAACACAAGAGACGGUCAACGCAAGAGACGGUCAACGCAAGAGACAGUCAACACACGAGACGGUCAACACAAGAGACGGUCAACACAAGAGACGGUCAACACACGAGACGGUCAACACACGAGACGGUCAACACAAGAGACGGUCAACACACGAGACGGUCAACACACGAGACGGUCAACACACGAGACGGUCAACACAAGAGACGGUCAACACACGAGACGGUCACACACGAGACGGUCAACACAAGAGACGGUCAACGCAAGAGACGGUCAACACACGAGACGGUCAACACAAGAGACGGUCAACGCAAGAGACGGUCAACGCAAGAGACGGUCAACACAAGAGACGGUCAACGCAAGAGACGGUCAACACAAGAGACGGUCAACACACGAGACGGUCAACACAAGAGACGGUCAACACAAGAGACGGUCAACACACGAGACGGUCAACACAAGAGACGGUCAACACAAGAGACGGUCAACACAAGAGACGGUCAACACAAGAGACGGUCAACACAAGAGACGGUCAACACAAGAGACGGUCAACGCAAGAGACGGUCAACGCAAGAGACGGUCAACGCAAGAGACAGUCAACACAAGAGACGGUCAACGCAAGAGACGGUCAACACAAGAGACGGUCAACGCAAGAGACGGUCAACGCAAGAGACGGUCAACACAAGAGACGGUCAACGCAAGAGACAGUCAACACAAGAGACGGUCAACACAAGAGACGGUCAACGCAAGAGACAGUCAACACAAGAGACGGUCAACACACGAGACGGUCAACACAAGAGACGGUCAAGUACUCUAAACGCUCACUAUCCUCCUGGGAAUAACAAAUACCACAAACUGAGGUUUAAAAUAUAA